AAAGUGUCAUUCCGUGGUUGCGCAUCCACAAUUUAGAUCGGCAUCUCGUGCAGACCCCCGGGCAGCCCUUUAGCAAAAUGGUGACCUGUCAAAAGUGGAUGGUACUGCUGUUAAGCUUACAGUUGCUAGUGGUGGGAACGCGAGCGAUACCAUCGCCUAGCAGCUCGAACCCACCAAGCCAGACCGAUGAGGACACAGCAAGCGUACAGCUUGACUCCGACACCGGUGACGAUCGUGAGCUGAAGAGUGAUGAUGACGGGUACGAUUUUCUCUCGAUCGAUCAACUGUUCCUCAACAAUCCCCAGUAUCGACAGCUGAUCAGCGAUCUGCAGGCACAUACCUUCGGUAGCAACUGGCGCCGGAAGCGUGACGUUGCCGAACACGAGCUUCCCGACGCGUUUCGCAGUGACGAGUCGCUAAGCUCACCGCGAGCUUCCACCGUGCCGACAACGACCACGACAACAUCCACUUCGGCUGCUGUUUCUUCUAGCACUGCGGCAGAAGCACUCGUGACCGAUGUAGCAUCGACACGAGACAUCACAUCGUCCUCGACUACUUCCGAUCUACCGAAAGCGGCUGCCCUAACUAGCACGCCCUCCAAGUCGAAGGAAUCGCUUAAGGAAGUGACGAAACCUUCCACGGCCAGCUCAACUAUCGCGACUAGCAGCAGCACUACCACUACCGCGACUACCUUAAGCUCCAUCCGAGGAAGCUCUACCGUAGCCACCAGUGCCUCUUACGGAUCAUCCGGAUCGACGGAAGCUCCCGCAUCUCGCAACGCUACCCUCGAGAUGACUACGGCGGCCGCACCCAUUCGUGCCAGCACUCCGCGUCGACUAUCUCACAAAAACAGUUCGAACAAAAACAAGAACAAGCUGUCGGCUGCCGUGGCUGCUGCACAAGCUGCUGCCAGCAAACCCACCACCAAUGCGUCCGUCGGACCGAGCACGGUCAACGUCAACAAGGUCAGUGUCAGCAGCAAUGCGGUGGCGAGUAGCAGUAGCAACCAGAUCCCGCAGCAGACUCCACCGGCUGUAGCAAUUCCGGCACCAGAAAACGGAACAGCUGCCGGACCGGCCGGGAACAACAAAGAUAAGACUGGCCUCGCACCGACCAAGUACCAUUACUAUCCGCACAAUCAGCAUAUCUACUUCCUGCCCGAGUGCGCCAUCCAGCAGGUAUGCAAUGCUGUGUACGUCCGCCUGAACUACACCCAGCCACUGUGUGCCUGUCCACCGAGAUAUCGCGAUCCAUGCUCGGCCAGCUUGAACGAGGACGACAACCACACGAUUAAGCUCGUUGGCAAUCAGCAGAAGCGCGCCAUUACGUUGGCAAAGACGUGCGAAAAUACGAACGAACUACGCGAUUGCCGUGCACCGAAGGACUGGUCCAUCCUUGCCCUGCAGAACACUCGAACGGGCAAGUCACACUAUCUGGUGAUCUGCAAAUGUCCACCCCACUAUCGACUCGAGGGACCACUGGCUCACGAUCAGCCAACGUACGCCGGACUGCCCGGUAUCAAUGUGUACGGUAUGCUGUGCGUACCACCAGAAACGUCCAGCUACUAUGCCUCGAAGCCGGCCAAAACGCCCACCAACGUGUACAACAAAUGGAAAAUUCCCUCGAGACAGCCAGUUUCGUCGUACCGUGCGAACUCUGCCGCCAUCGCUGCCGACACCGAGACCGAAUCCGUCUCCCGGACGUACCAGAACACUACGGACGCUACUAGUGCGCCAGUAAGCAGUGAUGCAUAG